UUAGGGUUCUUCGCAGAGAGUUGCGGCGUAGCGAUGGUCGCGAAGAACAAGAGCAAGCCCUUGGCGGCAGGCGGCGAGCUGGAAAUCCAAUCCGGCGGUCUUCCACGGCGCCUGGCAUCGGUCGACAAGAAGGUACGCGAUCGCGCAGUGGAGCUCCUGGCGAGCUGGUUGGAAUGCCGGACUUCCGUGGACGAAGCCGACCUGAGGAAGAUCUGGAAGGGGCUUUUCUACUGCUACUGGCACGCAGACAAGGCGAUUGUCCAGGCAGAUCUUGCGGAGCGCCUCGCAUCGCUUGUACAGCGCCUUCCGAGCGAAUUAGCUCUCCAGUUCUUUGAGGGGUAUUUGGGCACAAUGCGGAGAGAAUGGGGCGGGAUAGACCAUUUGAGGAUGGACAAGUUCUAUCUUCUCCAGCGGAAGUUCGUGAGUUCUAUGUUCAUGGCACUCAGGCAGCAGAGAUGGGACAAGGAGAUUGUCCAGCGCUACAUGGACGCUUUGAAAAAUCGGGCUUUUCUCUCCAACGAUCUCUUCCCGGCCCAGGGGUGUAGUAUGCAUCUGGCGGACAUUUUCUUGGAGCAACUUGAUGGUGUUCUUCCGGAGGAGAAAGAAGUUCUCGGCAUUCUUCUGGAGCCUUUCUAUGCAACUCUUGCGCUUGGUCCGGACAAGAAUGUGCUGAAGCGCGUCAAAGAAAGAGUUUUUGAUCGUCUUUUGGAGGCUGCGAGGGAGAGUGUCGACGCUGAAGGGUCAGAGAACAAGUUGGCCGAGUUCGUGACCGGUCUACCAAUGGAAAAGAGGCUUUUCGAGCUCGCAGCUUCAGCGGACACUGUACAGAGAAAUCGCAAGGUGCUGUACGCUCUCUCCGAGGACUUUAAGAAGAUCAAAAGGAGUUUGGACCUGAAAGCUUUGGCGAGUGCAGCUUCCAAGAUGGAAAAACCAGCCAGCAGUGCGGCACCAGCUAAUGCCGAGGUGAAAAGUCCAGAGGCUACCGUGAAACAGGAUGAUCCGGUGGUCUCCAACUUGGAGAAAAAGUUCGAGGUUGCUGUGGGGGAAAAUGGCGAUGGUGGUGCUUCACUCCCUCCUCUGGAGAUGGUUCUCUCUCCUCUCAUCGGGGAAAAACCGAAGAAGAAGAAGAAGAACGCGGAGACUAAGGCGAUUGUUCUUCCGGACGAGACCCCGAUGGUCUCAUCUGCUGCUGCUCCGGAGGAGCGCGGAUCUCCGGCAGGCUCCAAGAAGAUAAACAGGAAAUCGCCAGUUUCUCCGCUCCACACCGCCAGCAAGAAGAGAAAGAGCUCCAAGGACGACGAUUCUCCAGCGGUGGCCGAGAGCAACACCGACGCGGGCGAGACGAGCACCGGCAAGAAGGCAAAGAAAGUGAGGUUCUCGCUCAAGAGCAACACUACGUGGAAGUUUGGCAAGCCUUUCAGGAUGACUCCUCUGGCCUUGGAUUCCACUCCAAAGGCCAGCGCUCUGAAGCAGGGGCUCUUGCCAGGGCCGAUCUCUCACGUCUCGCCAAGGAAGUUCUCGCCAAGGAAGUUCUCGCCAAAGAGGAAGAACACUCCAUCGCCAUCGCCAAAGCAAAGGAGGGGGGGAAAGGCCACGCCAGGGCCAAAGAGAUCUUCGCCAAAGAAGAAAGCUCUACGAUGGUAAGAAAAACAAAUUCUGGGUGAAAUUAUUUGACCAACGAUGGUAAGAAAAAAAAAACGGGGUGAAAUUCUUUCCAACAAUGGUAAGAAAAAAUGGCGUGAAAUGAAAUUCUUUGUUGCUGGACCAUGCGUA